GCAGUCUAAUUCCAAAUCUUCUUGAGAUCGAAACACCACUCCUGGAGUUCACGUGAAAAGAAUUUUCUCUAAUCUUACCACUGUGUUUCUUUUUCUGUUUCCUCCAAUCCCUUCAAUUUUUCCAUACCAGUACAUAUAUAUGACACGUUUUAUAAAAAAGACAAUUUUUAAAGUGAAUGUAAUAUUAGGACUGCAAAAUAAAAAAAAAAUAAUUGCAAAAAAGGUUCAGUGAUUUGCUAAUAAUAUCCAUAGUUCAUUUGAAGUUAAAAGGUUUCUUUGGGAUAUCAAACUCAUACGGAAAAUUUCUCUCAGAAUGGUUCAUGAAAUUGAACCUCGCACUGUUCCAGAUGAACUCUACAACCUCACACAAUUAGCGGAAGUCAGCUUGGCUGCAGGAAAGCUCAGCACAAAAAAUUUUCAAGAAAAUUAUGACAUAGAGGAUACCAAGCCAGAACCAUCAACAUACAAAACACAAUCACUUUCCAUGUUUCGCCAUAACUCCACGGAAUCAUUCUCACAGACCGAUUCUGAUGAUUCCUAUGAGCUUAAUCAAUGGACUAGCCGAUUACUACUAGACACACGUCAAAUUCCCUUUGUGCAACAUUCCACAGCGGCAAAAGCACAAACAUUAGAAUCAACUUUAAGUUCAGACAAUGACUCAAACUACAAGUAUUCCCACAAAAUUUUCGAUAAAAGAAAAUCGAGAAAUCUACCAGACCACGUGGCAAUGGAUGUUGAAGCAAAUUCACAAAGCUCUGAUUCAAGUGUCGAUGGAAAUUUUAUCAAUGUGAUAAAGACAGAGAGUACUGGCAAUCAAGCAGAGGAUAUUCAUGUUUGCCCUGAAUGUGGAAAAAAAUAUUCAACAUCAUCAAAUUUAGCUAGACAUCGUCAGACUCACAGAUCUUUGGAGGACAAGAAAGCCAGACGGUGUCCACAUUGCGAUAAAGUCUACGUUUCCAUGCCAGCUUUUUCAAUGCAUGUAAGGACUCACAAUCAAGGAUGUGAAUGUCCUCAUUGUGGAAAAUGUUUUUCGCGUCCUUGGCUUCUUCAAGGUCACAUACGCACUCACACAGGGGAAAAACCAUUUCAGUGCCCAACUUGUUCUAAAUGUUUUGCCGAUAAGUCCAAUCUUCGUGCUCACAUUCAAACACACUCCAAUACAAAACCUCACUCAUGCAACCGUUGUGGAAAAUCCUUUGCUCUAAAAUCCUACUUGUAUAAGCACGAAGAAUCAUCAUGUAUGAGGAGCCACCAGAAGGGUAAUCGAAGUAAGAUACGGCAAGAGAUAGCUAGCAACUCUUCGAGUAUAAUUGUAUUUAAAUUAGAGAAAAAGCCACAGAAAAAGGAGAAAAAGAUCAAAAUUUCCAGCAACUCCACCGAAACCUAUAAAACGCAUUUAAAAGAGAACAAUGAUGAAUUAUGCUUACGAAUGAGUGUUAUUCAGUCACCAAUUAAAGUAUUGGAUAAUGAAAAAAAUUGCCAAGAGGAACCUGUUGAUUUUUCUGCCAAAAAAGCUUGAUUGAUUUCAAAAUUACAUUUUUCCAGAAAUAUUUCAUGCAAAAUAAAAUGCAUGCAGUGGACUAAAAUGUAUUAAAUAAAUUAGUUGUGAUAUUGUUCUAUCAGAAAUUAGUAAGGUACUCUUGCAAUUUUUUUUCAUCAUAUUAAUAGAUUUUAGAAUAUUUGGAAAUUUAGAAUAUAUAUUUUGAAAAAUUUAUGUUAGACGCAUUCCUCAAGUCAUAUGCAAUUAAUUCGAUUUACGUUAUAAUGUAACAUAAGGAUGCGAGGAAUUUUAUAAGAUUUUUUUUUCAAAAUUGUCAUUAUAAUGAUUUUUUUUAAUAUUACUUCUCUAAGAAUAUAAUAAUAUAAAUACAAAAUCAUCGUAUUGGGAUCAAUACCUUUAAGAAAUAAUAAUAAAUAGAAGUAGUAAUGGACGAGAUUUUCUAGUCUUAUGUUAUAACAUCUAUUGUAAGAACAUACUGGAGCUACAGGAAGAUUUCAAAAAAACAAAAUUCACAUUGUAGUUGUUAUGCCAAUAAUUGAAAUUAUUUAAGAGACAACUUAACUAAAGGCCGAAUGUUGCAAUUUUUAUAAAAUUUUUGUAUCAUAACUAGAAGAUUAUUUGAAAAAAGUAUUUUUAAUAGAUAGAUUGUAAAUCAGCUUUGUAGAAUCAUUCGAUAGUGUGAAGAAUUAUGUAUUACUUUUGUUUUAUUUUAUAUCACAGAAAAAUAUCGCUGUCUUCUUACUGUAAAGAAGUCUAUAGAUUUCGUUUUUUAUUACUUUCGUCAAGUAAGAAAUCAAUAUUUUGUAUGAGAUAUCGUUUUUGUAUUUGUAAUAUUGAUUUGGAUUCAAAUAAAAAAAUAUUUUGCCGUACA